GUGACGUCACACACCGCGACUCCCGAACCGGAGAACGAGAGAAACGGAGACCCGCUGCUCGGAGAGAAACAACCGUAGAGAGAGACAACCGGAGCAGGAGCAGAUCCGUCAUUUGAUGCUGCAGAAAUAAACCAUCCAUUCUGCCUGACCCACCAUGACUGCAGCCUGAAGACAGAACAGCUCAGAGACUCCAUGAAAACAGCAGUGGACCGGAGGAAGCUGGACCUGCUCUACAGCCGCUACAAAGAUCCACAGGAUGAGAAUAAGAUCGGUGUGGACGGGAUCCAGCAGUUCUGUGAUGACCUCAUGCUGGAUCCGGCUAGCGUUAGCGUCCUCAUCGUAGCCUGGAAGUUCAGAGCCGCGACGCAGUGCGAGUUCAGCCGGCAGGAGUUCCUGGACGGCAUGACGGAGCUCGGUUGUGACACUCCAGAGAAGCUGAAGAGUCUUUUACCCAGACUGGAGCAGGAGCUGAAGGAUUCUGGGAAAUUCAGAGACUUCUACCGCUUCACCUUCAGCUUCGCCAAGAGUCCCGGACAGAAGUGUUUAGAUCUGGAGAUGGCCGUGGCCUACUGGAACCUCAUUCUUAAUGGACGCUUCAAGUUUCUGGGCCUGUGGAACACGUUCCUGCUGGAGCAUCAUAAGAAAUCCAUCCCUAAAGACACGUGGAACCUGCUGCUGGACUUCGGAAACAUGAUCGCAGACGACAUGUCAAACUACGACGAGGAGGGAGCGUGGCCGGUGCUCAUCGAUGACUUUGUGGAGUUUGCACGGCCGAUCGUAACAGCAGAAAACCUCCAGACUCUAUAAUGAGCGCGGUGAAGAGGACGAAACAGACAUCAUGAUAACGAUCUACAACAACAGCACAGGAAUAACGAUGGACUAAUAUGUGAACUCAUUAUAACUAAUGAGGAGUUAAGGCGUGCGCUAAUCAGGAACUAACUUUACUACAUGAGUUUGAGUGAAUAGUGGCUGAUUUACUACGCAAUAGCACAUGUUUGUUAAUUAAUGUAUUAAUUAACACUUUAGUUUAAGCUACACGCAACUAACAUGAGCUGUUAAUGGAUGUUUAUAUCAUGACUUUACUUGAAGAGGCACAUUAUUUUCCUUAGUAAUAUCUCAUGAACUCCUACGGUCAUAUUGAUGUAGACUGAACACUUUCUAUUGUCAACACACACUCCUCUGACAUGCAUGACCAUUACAAUUAAACACAGAAGUUAUUAAUAAAGAGUUAAUAAUAAUAAUAAUGUGCUCCUUUAAAUGCUUUACAUUGAAAAGCAAUAGGAAAGUACAGUUUAACCACAGGAGUUCAUGAGUUAUUACUAAUGAGUUAAUAAUAAUUAUGUGCCCCUAUAAGUAAAGUCAUAGCAUAAACAUACACCUGCUCAUGAGUGUGUGUUAGUUACGUGUAGCUUAAACUAGAGUGCUAACUAAUACAUUAAUUAACAAACAUGUACUAACCAGUAGUUAAGCCGGCCAUUAUUCACUCAUAUUGUGUCCUGAUUAGAGCAUGCCUUCACUCAUAAUAAAUUAACAUCUAAUUUACAUAUUAACACGUUAUUAUUCCUGUGCUGUUACAGUAGUGUUAUCGACAUUACUAACACAGAGCGACGUGUCAAAGUGUGUGUGAAUGCAGCGUGACGGACGAACACUGAGGCUGGUUUUGUGCUGUUUCAGAAAUUUUCUAACACAGUUUCUGCUUGUGUGUGUGUGUGUGUGUGUGUGUGUGUGUGUAACGUUCAUCACAGUCUGCAGUUCAGCUCAACAUCAGUGUUAUGCUGUGUAUGUAAAUAAAGAGGAUUUAACACA